UCCAAAGUCCAAACGGAUAGUAUAAUUAAAUAUAAAAAUCAAGGCAUAAUUAGUAUGAUUGAUGCUCUUUAAUUUCUUUGUGCAUGCACUUUUUUGCUAAUAAAUAAAUCUAUUAAUAACCUAAUAAUUGGGCUGCUUUCUAUCUUUAGGAUUACUUACAGACUAGCAGAUUAUAUUAGAACUCAUUGCCCGCAGUUGAUUCCAGACAUUCGAAAUGAAUGAAGCAUUAGCCAUGGUGUGGAAUAUGUCCCAAUUCAAUAAUUAUAUGUGGACAAUACUUUAAUAUUGAAUGAAGCAUUAGCCAUGGUGUGGAAUAUAAUAUGUCCCAAUUCAAUAUUGAGAGACUCGAUCUCAAGUGUUUACCGGCCUCCUUUCAAAAGUCAUUCACCAUCAAACCCCCAAACACGUUCACAAUUAGAACGGACCAAACCCUCAGCCAAACAAAAAAUUAAAAUUCUUGGCAACACGGAAAUGUCGAACAACCACCUAAAUCAAAAUGAAUUAAACAACCAAACAAACGCCCACACACGAAGUGCACAAACACGUGGCAAAACAACUCGCCGAACAGAAACUCUACCUUCGAUCACCAAACAAGGCAACAAGAGAACAAAAAAUGAAAGCACCGAAAUAGAGAAAAUUGGAGCAAACCAUGCACCCGACUCCAACGAAGCCAAGACUGGAGCUGGCAUGCUUCUCCACGGCUUAGUCGCUCAGUCAAUCCGAUUAAGCUGCUAAGCCAUGAGAGGCGUCUCCCCCUGUCAACGUCGGCCGCUCCAUCUAGAGUUUUUUCCUCCUUCGACUCUCAUUUAAGGUCUCCCAUUUUUUGUAAGUUUUACACUUAAAUCUAAGAGAAUUUGGCUUUAAUUUGCACCACAUAUUUUAAGUGAUGUUGAACUUUACAUCAUAUCUUUAAGAUCAUUAUUGUAUGCACUCCAUUUCAGUAUAAAAUGAUGACUUUGCA